UUGGCCCUGCCUGACGGUUCGCUGUGUUCCCCCCUCCCCCACCAGCCGUGCUCCUGUUUCACUCAAAGAUGGCGUCGGCUCUAGAACCCCUGGUCUUUGGCUGCAUUUUUUAGGCUUGUUGUUGUCUCCGUUUCGCACUGUUUUGGCACCUUCUCCUCGGCGGCUCGACACGAAAUCCCGGCUAUGUCAGCUACCGAAGCGCAAUAGGCAGGUGAUCAGUUGUGGUUGCUCCCUGGGGUGAGAUAUCUCUUCCGUCCCAGAGCUGUGAAGCUCAGACUGCUGGAAGAGUAAAAGACAGCGAGAGCAAAGUAAAGACGAGGACACGUGGGUGCAGGAUAAAAAAAAGUCACCAUCUUGUGGAAUGUUAUAAUCUUCAGAAAACAUUUACUGUGUUGCCCUCACCAUAAUCAUUGAAACACAAAUUUCUUGGAGACCAUGAUCGUCGUUCACAACUCGCAUUGAGAAUUGGCUAGUUUGCCAGUGGCAGGAAACUGACUGAGCAGUUUUUAUUGUCCGUGUAUAGGUACUUUGCGACAGGCAAAGUGGGAAACGCCUUAUUUUUUUGAAGGCCCUUGUUAUUGUCAACAUCUACUCUACCCUACGUUGUGUGCAUUGGGAGUUUAAGUUGAGAACAGACCUGCUACUUCCUCCACUCCCCCUGCUUCUCGCCAGGGACCUUCACCUGGCUGGGAGUGGGUGGUGGGUGGACUGCAUUUUACCAGGUGGAGUGUUGGCUCAGGGGGUUUGUGCUAUGGUCAGCUGCUCAUUACCGUGCUGCUCAUACUCAGCUUCUGAGGGACUCUCUGUGCGACCCCAGGACAAGGGAUAAUACGCAGGCAGGGGGCAAAGAACAGGAGGCGGCGCUACGGCGCAGGCCAGGUGUUUCCUUGGCUUACAGUCCCUUUUUGUGUGUGUGGUCAUUGCGGUAAGGCCUCAGGGCCCCCGUGCCCACCCAGACCGCAGCCAUGGUGAAACUGGCCAACCCAAUGUACACCCAAUGGAUCCUAGAGGCCAUCAAGAAGGUGAAGAAGCAAAAGCAGAGACCAUCAGAGGAGCGCAUUUGCAAUGCGGUCUCCAUGUCCCAUGGUCUGGACCGCAAAACGGUUCUGGAGCAGUUAGAGCUCAGCGUCAAGGAUGGUACCAUCCUCAAGGUCACCAACAAAGGUCUAAACUCCUACAAGGACCCUGACAACCCAGGGCGCUUGGCUCUGCCCAAGCCCAAAGGUAGUGGCAGCUCUGGAGUAGGAGGUGGAAGUGGUGGUGGAGGAGGAGGUGGAAGUGGAGGAGGAGGAGGAGGAGGAAGUGGUGGUGGAGGAGGAGGAGGAGGAGGAGGAGGAGGAGGAGGCGGCGGCAGCAGCAGCAGCAGCUCUCACUCCCAUUCGGGGAAGAAACCGGGACUCGACUGGAACAAGUUGAUCAAACGGGCGCUGGAGGGGCUCCAUGAGCCCGGCGGCUCCAGCUUAAAGAACAUUGAGCGCUUUCUCAAGUGCCAGGCUGAUGUGGCAGCCUACUUGUCGGGCAGCGGCUCCAUGGGGCCCGGCCUCUUCCACCAGCAGCUGAGGGUGGCCCUGAAGAGGGCCGUGGCUCAUGGACGCGUGGCCAAGCAGGGUCCUCUGUUCCAGCUCAUCAGCCGCAGCAGCUCCCUGGAUGACGGCACUGGGACGGUGUCUCUGGAAUCGCUACCACCUGUCCGCUUGCUGCCCCAUGAGAAAGACAAGCCGGUGGCAGAGCCCAUCCCCAUCUGCAGCUUCUGCCUGGGCACCAAGGAGCAGAAUCGCGAUAAGAGGCCCGAGGAGCUCAUCUCCUGCGCCGACUGUGGCAAUAGUGGCCACCCGUCCUGUCUCAAGUUCUCCCCAGAGCUCACAGCGCGAGUCAAGGCUCUGUGGUGGCAGUGCAUCGAAUGCAAGACUUGCAGCAGCUGUCAGGAUCAAGGAAAGAAUGCGGACAACAUGUUGUUCUGUGACUCCUGUGACCGGGGCUUCCACAUGGAGUGCUGUGAUCCUCCCCUCACGCGGAUGCCAAAAGGCAUGUGGAUUUGUCAAAUCUGCCAACCCAGGAAAAAGGGAAAGAAGCUUUUACACGAAAAGGCAGCACAAAUCAAACGGCGCUACAACGCGCCGCUGGGCCGGCCCAAGAACAGGCCGGGGCGGCCCUUCAAGAAGCUGGGCGGGCGUGGUCGACGGAAGCGCUCUGCCUCGGCCAACUCAUCCUCCAGCUCCUCCUGCGAGGGUUACCCUGGUGACGACCGGCUGCUUUUUUCGAUGCGGGACGAUGACGACGACACGUCACAGGGCAGCCUGCGCUUCAACAACAAGACAAAGGGCCUCAUCGACGCCCUCACAAAGUUCUUCACGCCGUCGCCUGAGGGCCGCAAGGCCCGGCAGGAAGUAGUGGACUAUUCACAGCAGUGCCGCAUCCGAAAGAAGGCCAGUCGCAAAGGAGAAGGAGAUGACAGAGGAGACAAUCAGGAAGGCAGCGACUGGCGUGACGAAGAUGAGAAACUGCCCGGCCACGAGAACCUGACGGAAAAAGACAUUGAACUGUUCAGACACAUCCAGGAGCUGGCGCUGCAGAAAGUCGGGGUGACGGGUCCACCGGACCCUCAGAUGCGCUGUCCGUCAGUUAUCGAAUUUGGCAAGUUUGAAAUCCAGACGUGGUAUUCCUCUCCCUACCCCCAGGAGUACAGCAGACUACCCAAGCUCUACUUAUGUGAGUUCUGCCUGCGCUACAUGAAGAGUCGCAGCAUCCUCUACCAGCACAUGAAGAAGUGCAACUGGUUCCACCCCCCUGCUAACGAGAUCUACAGGAAGGACGAUGUCUCUGUAUACGAGGUUGAUGGGAAUGUGAGCACAAUCUACUGUCAGAACCUGUGUCUGCUGGCCAAGCUGUUCCUGGACCACAAGACCCUCUACUACGACGUGGAGCCCUUCCUUUUCUACGUCCUGACCCAGAACGACGGCAAAGGUUGCCACCUCGUCGGCUACUUCUCCAAGGAGAAGCACUGUCAACAGAAAUACAACGUGUCAUGCAUCAUGAUUCUUCCACAGUACCAGCGCAGGGGCUACGGACGCUUUCUCAUCGACUUCAGCUACUUAUUGUCCAAGCGCGAGGGCCAGCCGGGAUCUCCAGAGAAGCCUCUGUCGGACCUAGGCCGACUGUCCUACAUGGCCUACUGGCGCAGCGUGGUGCUGGAGUGUCUCCACGAGGUCCGCGAUCGGCAGAUCACCAUACGACAGCUUAGCAAACUGACUGGCAUCUGCCCGCAGGACAUCACCACCACCCUGCACAGCCUCAACAUGCUGGAGCAGCGAGGAGACAGGCUGGUCCUGGUGCGAAGGGAGAAGUUGGUGUCUAACCACAUGGCUCGUCUCAACGCCCGGCCGCGGCAGCUGGACGUCGACCCCGAGUGCCUCCGCUGGACUCCCGUCAUUGUAACCAACACGGUGGUCUCUGAUGCCGACGCGGAUGACAACGACGACGAUGAGGAGGACGAAGAACCAGAGGAAGACAACCGCAAGGAGAUCAAACCAAGUCACAGGGUCCCGCCAAUGUCCUGGCACAUGCGCCAAGGGAAGAAGAGGGACGAGGACGAGGAGGUAGAAGAGGAAAGAAAGAGCUUCCUGGGGUUUCCCAUUAGCCAAAGCUCUCCAACUUCGCCUCCCAUUCGCUGUCCACCCUCUGUCCCAGAGCCACCGCGUCCCCCUCCCCCAACAAAUGGAGAACGCCGACCGCGAGGGCGCCCACCCAAAAACUGGCCUUGGGGCAAGGUGAAAGACAACACGCGGGUGGGACGGCCACCCAAGAUCCGCCCCGUGGAGGACGAGGAUGACGAGGAGAGAACGGAAGGAGGAAAAACCACGGGCUCCGCCUGCAGCCCCCCCUCCCUUUUCUCCUUGGACAGACAUGCAGAAUCCACAGCCUUUCACUCCCUGGACAUGGCCAGGCACCCCUCCAUAACCCCUACACGAAGAGGGCGGCCCCCAAGGAAAAAGAGAGGCCCUAAACCCAGAUUGAUGGAAGGGCCCGGAGAGGGGCUGGCGCAGCUAUCUGUGGUUUCCAGGUUGAAUGAGUCUCUGCCUGUCAGGAAGAGCUGCUUCAGUGAAAGCAGUGAAGAAGAGGAGGAUGAUGACGAUGACGAAGAUAAUGAAGAGAGGAGGGCAUGCUCCCCACCCAUCCUUACCAAGCCUGCCAUGGGGCUUAAAUGCAAGAAGCCACUGAGGAAGCGUCGCUUUCGCCAGCGGAGCCACCCUCACAGCAGCGUGGUGACCGAGACGAUUUCUGAGACCACCGAAGUGUUGGACGAGCCCUUUGUCGACUCCGACUCGGAGAGGCCUAUGCCCAGGCUGGAGGAGGAGACGCCCCUGGGCCACCCACUACACCGCUACCCCCCGGCCCGCUCUGCUCUGAGGUUGUCUGACCCAGCGCCCAAAAGGGGCCGGCACUCCAACCUCACAGAUUCAGAGGAAGACGAGCUAACGCCCGUGCUGAAGCCCGUGGCUGCUCUGCCAGCAACUCCAUCCGAGAGCCUAGCGGCCAACCCCGAGGUCCCGGUCAAGAAGAAGAAAGGCUGGCCAAAGGGAAAGAGCCGCAAACCCCUGCACUGGAAGCAACAAGGACCUGGAAAACCCCCUGGUGGUGGACCAGCCGCAGAUAGCCAGGCCCAGGAUCCGCCACCCCCUAAAAUCAAGAUGAAGCCUGGCCGCAAGCCCCGGAGCUGGUACCUGCAGCGGGCCCAGGAGGAGGCGGAGCGGCAGGAGCAGGAAAGACAGAGACUGUUGGAGCAGCAGCUGGACAAGGAUCCUCAGCUGCUCCAGACGGACGACCGCAACAGCAAGCGAGUCUGCAGAACCAGCGUUGACCGAGACUGCAAGCCGAAAGACUCUGACGAAGAAGAUGACUAUCUCCCUAAGCCUGUUGAGCAGAAGGUGCCCAGGAGGCGAGGGAGACCGCCCAAGAACCGCGCCCUCCUCCAGCCGCCACAGCCUGCCCCCAAACCCCCUCCCACCUCUGAGCCCGAGGAGGAAGAGGACGAGGAGCCUGGAAGGGCCUGGGAGGAAGACAAACCCAGCCGCCCACCGUCCCGUACCCUGCUGCUGCCCCCUUCGUCCUCCUCUUCCACCUCAGGGCCCCGGGCCCGACCGCCCCGGCCUCAGGACACAGAUAUGGGCGACAGGGAAGAGGACGAUGACGACGAGGAGAGGGAGGAAGAGGGAUGUGGCAGUGUCGGCGGGAGCAUCAACAACAGGCGACCGGCAGUCCCACCAGGAUCGGGAAGCAGGCGCAGUGAAGACCACGACGCGGACGACGAAGGGGACGGACACUUGGAGGACAAGAGCAACGGCGGCAAGAAGAGAAAAGGUCAGGACUCUGAAGACGAAGAGGAUGAUGACGAGGAGGAGGAGGAGCCUGCCUCCCGUGCAAGCUCUCCCCCCGUCAAAGAAGAACCCCAAGGCGGAGAGGCUUUUUUAGACAUGGAGAACAGCGUGGCCCGGGACUAUGUCAGCAAACAGGAGGAGGAAGAAGAGGAGGAGGAGGAGGCUGAGGAGGAGGCGGCGCAGGAGAACAAGUGUCGGCCCUCCUCGGCCGACCCGCAGCAGGAAGAGCGGCGGCGGCGCGAGCAGGAGGAGUCGGCCGCAGCCGCCGCGGCGGUGGAAACGGUCACGGCCAUGUCUGUUCCCUCGGAGCCCAUGGAGCUCCAGUCUCUGCACCCAGACGAUAAGGACGUCACGCUGCUGAUGGAGCCCCAGCACGCACAUCCGCACGCCCACCCCCACCAGCACUCGGACUUCAAAGAGGAGCUGGGCCACCAUCACCCACACCACCCCCAUCACCACUCCAACGAGCUGGACCUUGAGACCAUGCAGGCCGUCCAGUCCCUGACCCAGGGGGAAGCCCAGGACGAGGAGACGGAACCCCAGCCGCACCACGGCGCCUACCAGGACUGCGAGGAGACCCUGGCCGCCUGCCGCACCCUGCAGAGUUACAGCCACGCGGGGGAGGCCGAGGAGGAGGCUCUGGCCCUGGUGGAGGACUGCGGGGCCUCCCAGCACAGCAGCCCCCUUCCUAAUCCCCCGGUGCCGCCCCUGCCCAGUCAAUCCGUGCGCUCGGUGAACAGUCCCGGGUUGCCCUCGGGCAUCAUGGACGCGACACCGGCAGGGCAGAGGGGAGGGACGCCGGGCCCCACAGGGGCAGUGGGCAGCGGCGGAGGUGCCGGAGGCGGGUACACCCAGAUCACGCCAGAGCAUCCCAGUUCUCUGUCCGCCCCCUCCCAGCAGAGCAUGGAGACGUCGCCGAUGAUGGACGUGCCGUCCGUGUCGGACCACUCGCAGCAGGUGGUCGACAGCGGCUUCAGCGACCUGGGCAGCAUAGAGAGCACCACCGAGAACUACGACAACCCCAGCAGCUACGACUCGACCAUGGGCGGAGGGGGGAACGGAACCGGGAGCGGCGGGAACGGAGGGGGGAUGUCGGCCGCUGUCGUUGGCGGAGCGUCCACGGCUUCCUCGUCGUCAGCCUCGUCGUCUUCGAGCUCAGCCCCUCCGUCCUCGUCCCAGUCCAACAGCUGCUCCUUUGUGCCAGCCGCCAGCCUCACAUCUUCCACAGGAACAGGAGGAUCCCAACUAGCGAUGGGCAGCUGCAGCCUCAUCCAGCAAACGGGAUCGGGGCCCAACAGCGGACCCGGCGCCAGUAACGUAGGCGGCGCUGUGCCCCCCCCGCCACCGCCACAGCCGUCCAACACCCCCAGCUGUGGCAUUAAGUCACCUCAGAGCUGCGGUGUGAUCGAGAGGCCUCCCAGCACCAACCAGCAGCAGCAGCAGUCCCAAAAAAAGGUUCCUCAGCAGCAACAAGCCCCAAACCCCCAGCCUCCACCGUCGGCCCCACCCCCACCGCCGCAGCAGCAGCAGCAGCAGCAGGCCCUGUCGCAGUGUAGUAUGGGAAAUGGCUUCGCCUCCACACCCAUGAUCAUGGAGAUCCCUGAGAGUGGAGGCGGAGGAGGGGGCCGCACCCUGUAUGAGCGCAUGGGUCAGGACUUUGGCACAGGGGGCUACCCCCAGCCCUCGGCAACCUUCAGCCUGGCCAAACUCCAGCAGCUCACCAACACCAUCAUGGACCCCCAUGCCAUGCCCUACUCUCAUUCAGCCUCUGUCACCUCCUACGCCACCAGUGUUUCUCUCUCCAACCCCGGGCUGGCCCCUUCCCCCCACGCCCCCCUCUCUCAGGGCCAGCCCACUAUGACCCCGCCUCCUAACCUGAGCUCUGGCUCCAUGAACCUGGGCUCCCUGCAGCUGCAGUGCAACAUGCCCACCGCAAACAUCGGCCUGGGACCCCCGCCGCACACGCAGCGGCUACAGGGCCAGAUGGCGACGGUCAAAGGCCACAUAUCCAUCCGGUCCAAGGCCACCCAGCAGCUGGCCCCGGCCCCGCACCAGCAGCAGCUCUACGGCCGCAGCUCGGGGGCCGUGGCCAUGCAGGGCACGCCGCGCACCCUGGCCGUGCAGCGCGGCAUGAUGCCAAACCUCAUGCCCACGCCGGCGCCGUACAACUCCAUGAACAUGACGCCCCUCAACGCCAUGUCCGCUGGCUACCGAAUGCCCCAGCCCAUGAUGAACAGCGGUUACCACGGCAAUCCCCCUUACAUGAAUCAGCCAGCUCAGUACCCCAUGCAGAUGCAGAUGGGCAUGAUGGGAGGGCAGGGUUACCCGCAGCAGCCUAUGCAGCCCAAUCACCACGGCAACAUGAUGUACACUGGCCCCUCCCACCACAGCUACGCGGGUGUCCCCAAGCAGUCGCCGUACAUGAGCAGAUGAGCGGCCAAGAAAUGAGACUAGGAGACAUGAGGCCAGAGCCGAUACUCGCUGUACUCUAAAUGUCCAUUACUCCCGUGCACCCCCCCUCCAGCGCCACGGCAGGCGCCAGCGAGUGCAGGUGGUCGGAGACAGAGGGGUCUUUGGGUUUCCCGUUUUUCUACGUUGUCGUUUCGUCCCUUUUUGGUUUGGGCUCGUUUCUCCCC